AGGCAUUGAAGCCUAGCCUGAAUCCGACUAGAAGUUCAAUACAUUCUCUCUCUAAUCGGAACGCGGCUACGCAACGAUCAGGACUGCGCGGAGUCGACGAGACAUAUGGCUCGGGAAACGUAGCUCAAUCCAGUGAUGGGAUACUGCGGUGUACUCCUAAUUAUCCCAACGGACACAUCUAGAAUAUUUAAAUACUGCUAGUUUUUAAUGACUAGUAUUAGCAUGUUACAGCUAAUGCUAUUGCAGCCCAUUGGAUUCUAGCGUUGGGGGUCUGUCGCAGGUAACAGUGUGGUCACGUUUAUCAGAAAUAAUGGGAGACUAAUGUCUGUCGCACGGAUUCAAGAGGACCUAGAUGGGAGAAGAUUCACAGGGAAACGUUCUGCUUGGACAAGGCCAAUAUUCUCAGAUGGUCAGGUUUUCACAUGGGGUCAGAACACCAGCGGUAAGCUGGGUUUGGGGUGGGGCGAGCCACGCGACAUUGUCCAUGUCCCCCAAGCCCCUGAAGUCUCUAUCAGGGAUCCCCCUGGUUCAGAUCACUGCAGGGGGAGACCACAGCUUCGCUCUGUCCCUUUCUGGAGCUGUGUUUGGCUGGGGCAAGAACACCGCCGGGCAACUGGGACUAGGGGACACAAACAGACGUGCCCCAGCUCCUGUUGAUUGCCUGAAUCUGAAGAAGACUGUUUUGAUUUCAUGUGGAGGAGAACAUACUGCCGUUCUGACAAAGGGAGGUGUGGUGUUCACAUUUGGCUCAGGCCACUAUGGACAGCUUGGACACAACUCUCUCCGAGAUGAACUACGACCUCGAGUGGUGGGGCAACUUUGUGGAUUUAAGGUGACCCAGAUAGCCUGUGGAAGACACCAUACAUUAGCAUUUGUGAGGCCUUCCAAUAAGAUCUACUCAUUUGGGCGCGGAGAGCAAGGGCUGCUGGGAAAUGGAGUAAAGAUUGAUCAGUCUGUGCCCCUUCCAGUACAACUGCCAGGUGACUGCUGGUCCGCAUUGAAGCCCUCUCUCAUGACCAAGCACAUUGGGGUGUGGAAGAAGGCCCUGUCUGUGAUUUUGAGAAGGAAACAUUCUACACACCUGUGACCCAAGGAUCAAACACCACACAAUUUCCCCCCCGAUGUUCACAACAUGGACAGCUAUUUAUUUAUGAUACACAUUGAAUUGCACAUUUCCAUUCAGUGUGCAAUUAAUGAAGUAGCUGUCUAACCCCGGGGUCUCAAGCGAAGCUGGGCGCCAUUUCACAGGAACAACUGCCUUAUAGUCGCACGCAGCUAGCUGUUAGGAUGUUACUCCAUUUCCUCUUUUCCGUGGAUGGAUUCCAAUAGCUCCUAAGAGAGCUUUAGGCUCUGUGGCCACUCACAGCCUUGAUCUCUCUGGCCUCCAGACCUGCCUCAGAGAGCUGCUGGAUGUUAGUCGUCUUGAUGCAGUGGUUGGUAUACCUACGGGAUGUGCCGGCCUCCUAGAGAGAGAGAGCGAGUAAUUAAUAAUAGAAAUAUGACAAUGAUUCUAUUAAUGUUUAUUCUAUUCAUAUGACUGUAUAGCAGCCUAGCUAUUUGAACAAAAUGUUAUACCUUGCACAGACGGAGCAGCAUUGAUGAAAGGGUGUUGAGACCCAUUGGCUCUGUGGUAUACCACAACGUUGUCGUUGGAUAGCUUUCGUCUGGUUAACAAUAGGAAUUCCAAACCACCCGCUUCAUAAAACUAUAUAUGGCAGAAAUGUCACCUAUCAGAGGGCAAGAUGGAGCCGAUUAGACAAGUGUCCUGGGGUUGAUUUGGGAUUCAUGGUGAACAUGUUCUGCAACCUAGCUAAAAUGUUGUUUUGAUACAUUGAUUUGACAAAUGGUUUGAAUGGUGUCAAGUGUCUAUUGCUUCACCAUAUUAAUUGAGGGCAUUUCCCCCCUAGAACACUGUGUAUGAAGGAGAGUACCAUGCUGGGCAUCCCAACAUCAUCACAUUCUGGGAGGUGUUUGAGGAACUGACAGAGGAUCAAAAGAAAGCGUUCCUGUUGUUCCUGACUGGCUGUGAUCAUGUGCCCAUCCUGGGUAUGAACCAGAUCAGGAUGAGGGUCCAAACCCUUCUCAACUCCUCCCAACAGCAUUUCCCAGAGGCGCUGACCUGUCACUCUCUGUUGCAGCUGCCCAUCUACCCCUCCGAAGAGACACUACAGAGCAGGCUUAUAGAAGCUGUUGGCCACAACAGAGGUUUCAAGAAUGAAUAAUGGGUGUAUAGUGUUGCUGAUAUUUACACACUCCUCUCCUGUGUUCAUCGUUUCAUUGUUCCAUA